GAGAGCUAAUGAAGAUGGCGAUGUUUGUAGCUGGUGGGAUCAUAGUAAUGACAGCAAGUAUUGAGAACGUGUCGUAAAGCGAGGUAGUCUGAAAGAAGUGUUGCUAUUAAAGUGCACGUCUCUGUUUUUUGCAUCAUCUGACAUGGUUGUAAGUGACUUGUUUUCUUGUAAUAGCCCAAGUAUGAGUGGUGAUGUCCAAGGGAACAGCGAUCAGGUUAUUUUGGUCACCGGUGGGUAUGACCACACAAUUAAGUUGUGGCAAGCUCAUACUGGAGUUUGUCAACGAACGGCACAACACACCGAUUCUCAAGUGAAUGCUUUGGAUAUUACACCAGACAAACAGCUUAUUGCUGCUGCAGGGUACCAGCAUAUUCGUAUGUAUGACCUUAGUUCGAGCAACCCAAACCCUGUUAUCAACUAUGAAGGAGUAUCUAAAAAUGUGACAGGGGUUGGCUUUCAGGAGGAGGGGAAAUGGAUGUACACAGGAGGAGAGGAUUGCAGUGCAAGGAUCUGGGACCUCAGGUCAAGGAACUUACAGUGCCAGCGCAUUUUCCAGGUGUCGGCACCAGUUAACUGCGUGUGUUUGCAUCCAAACCAAGCGGAACUGGUUGUGGGUGAUCAGAGUGGUGUAAUUCAUUUGUGGGAUCUCAAGACAGAUCACAAUGAACAGCUGAUACCUGAGGCUGAGGCAUCCAUCCAGGACAUAGCGAUGGAUCCCGAAGGGUCAUACAUGGCAGCCGUGAACAAUCGUGGACACUGUUAUAUCUGGAGCCUUACAGGAGGGGUCGCAGAGGAACCCACCAAACUCAACCCCAAACACAAAAUCGAGGCUCACCAGCGAUGUGCUCUGAAGUGCAAGUUCAGUCCAGAUUCAACUUUGCUUGUAACUACAUCUGCUGAUCAGACGGCUCGCGUAUGGAAGACGUCAGAUUUUACGUUGCUGCAGGAGCUGAAGCACGAGGCUCAGCGCUGGGUGUGGGACGCGGCUUUCAGCGCAGACUCGCAAUACAUCCUUACAGCUUCGUCUGACGGAGUGGCCCGCCUCUGGAAUGUGGAAACCGGGGUGGUGGAGAGGGAGUACAAUGGUCACCAGAAGGCCGUAACGUCACUGGCAUUCAGGGACGAGAUAGUCCGGGAUUGAAGUUGUAUAUAGACACUUCCUGUAAAAGUUUUCAACUGCUGCUGUUGCUGCAUUAAGGAAGUGACUUAUGAGGUCCAAAGGCGCGUGUUGUUUGGCUGCGUAAUAGCCAGAUCCGCAUAAUAAAUGCGCUCCGAACAUCGGGUCCUAAGUGAAUGGGGUGUGUUUGUUUAGUGAUAGGACCCAAGACUUUAAUUAUGAGUUGUGGGAGAAUGGAGGUAUACAUUCUUAGCCUUAGCACGAGAUGGAAUUAGAUGGUUAGUUUCACACUUCAGCUAGGAAAAGAGUCUGUGAUACCCGUUGCAUAGGAAACCGGGUCUGUCCAGCGUUUGGAUCGGCGUAUUUCUUUUUGCACCGUAGAGUCUGGUUGUGUUGUCCUAGCAGACAGAGUUGUUGGCACGCUGUUUCAUAUGCAGUAGCUCCCAAGUUUAAAUCUUUGCCCAGAGUCCAACUAUCCCGAUGGGUUAUUGUGGCUUUCCUCAGCCCCACCAGGGACAUGCCAGGAUUGUACCAUAAAUUAAGUCAUGACCACUUCAUUCCACAUUAUUUCAAAUUCAUUAUUCAUUCUGUUAUUGAACAGCACUGUUAAAGAAACCACAAAUAAAUAAGAAGCCUGAUCCUCAUAUCUGGAGAGCCAGAAAUAAAAUGUUUGUAGUGAAUAUUACUCGUUACAAACACUGCAUUGGCUGUCUCUGUGGUAUUUAAGGUGUUCCCUGCAACUCAUCUGUUUUGAAACCAAAGAUGGCAACCAAAAGUACUGUACUGCAUGUUAUCUGUGGUGAAGUUAUAUUAUAACUGAAAUUAAUUUUAAAAAAACAUUGAAGCUUCGUUAAUUACAUGUCACCAUACAUUAUGGUCAAGUGUUUUGCAGUCCUGUUUCAUAUUUGAAAGUUUUUGGUUUGAACCGUUUGCCAGAGACCGGCCGUCUUUACCGAGUUUCUUCUCAUUUUCCUCGCGGCCUCCGGGCAGGUGAAAGAGUCGUCCUGUCAUUUGGUGAUGUAUGACUUAUGCACUUUAAUUAUCGAAUACUGCCCUAGUUCUCGGUUAAGAUGUUGUAUUUUGUCCCUGGGCCCGUAUAAAGAUGGCUUCACUGUAUCAGCUAAAUGGCCCUCAGCGGAGCAGAGAGUUUCUCGAGAAGCUGGUCAAUAAAUUCUGUACGUUGUU